GAAGACCUAUUUUCACUAACAAACACUGCCACUAUAAAACUCACUCCCUCGCUGGCCUCAUGCAACACAACCUCCUGAGACUGAAUUCAAGAUGGCGCUGCUGCUUUUACUGGUGACGCUGACAACAUGUGCUGCCACUCCUCAAAACCUGGAAAGUAAAAUGUUCACCUUCCCAGAAGCGACAAACACAGCUCACACGAAGCUGUUAACAACAAAACAAGAUUUAAGUGCUGUAACUGUCUGUCUCAGAUCCUUUACAGACCUCAGAAGAGGCCACCCUAUUUUCUCUUUGGCAACAUCGCUUGCUUCCAAUGACUUUCUGAUAUUCAAACUAGAUGAAAGUGAUUUGUUUGAUCUGUGGGCCAGGGACAAAAAUGCUAAAUUUGCAUUGCAAGACUACAAGCUGAACACGUGGAAUGCGAUUUGUUCCACUUGGGAUGCUACCUCUGGAAUAAUUCAGCUGUGGGUAAAUGGAAAGCCUUCCAGCAGGAAAUUCGUCAGCUUUGGAUCCAACAUCACUGAACCCAUGUCUAUUGUUUUAGGACAGGAACAGGAUUCCUAUGGUGGAGGAUUUGAUAUUAAUCAGUCUUUUAUUGGCAUGAUAUCUGAUGUCCACAUGUGGGACUACACCAUGUCUUCUUGUGAGAUCCAGAACUACUCAGAUGAGCUGAGCUUCUCUCUGGGGAAUGUGCUGAACUGGAAUGCUCUGGAUUUUCAGAUAACAGGAAGAGUGUUGAUAGAAGACAAGCAAACCUGUUAAUACCAAUUUUAUGCCCAAUGUAAAGAAUUUUUCCAAUCUAUACUAUUAAUAUGUUACACAAUAAAAAUGGUUUUAAAGCGUA